AUGAACUGGGUGGGUGGCAGUCGAAGCAGAAUCAUAUUAAAGCAAGAAAGGAGAAAACAAAAGGAAUACUUUGAAAGAAAGAAACUGAAGUCAAAAAUGAAGCUCCUGGAAGUAUCGUCUCCUAAAAGUUCAGCAGUCAGUUUGGAUCUUCUUAAUCUAUAUGUGGUUAACCAGAUAUCAACCAAAAAAGAAAACACUGAGAACGUGAGGAGACCAGUCCACAUUGAUAUCACUGAAGAAGAAAAAAAACCCAUCAGGAGACAUAACUUAGAGCUUCCCACAUCACCCCUACGUACACAACAUAAGUCAAACUUAGAUGAUCUCCAGAGCAGGUUACAAAAGCAAGUUUUGGAAAGCAGAAGACAACAUCUCUCAGAAAAGGUAAAAUACCAGCAUAAGCUCAUUCCACAAGUAAUAGAAUUAGGCUAUGUUGAUUCUAGUAUGGAAAAUGAAGACAACACGGCAAGAGUUUUUAGUGCUUGUCCAUUGCCCUCCUCUGGCUUUCAGUUCUCUAACUGUACACAGCUUUCAGAAGAAAAUUUCAACACAAAACUAACGGGCAACUUUUGGGAACAGAUCUAUAAAAAAAAGCUGCAAAAUCAGCCAGGUAACAGCUUUGAUGAAGACCCUUGGAAUACAAACCCUCCAAGGCAGUCUAUUUUCAGGAAGUCUGAUACAGUGUCUCAGGAGCUGUUCAAGCCAUUUGAUAGGCCAGACUACAUGAAUUCUGCCAGGAAAAAUCCAGUGAUAAUAGCCAGUAAUGAAUCAGAAAACUGUGAAGGAAUAAAAGAGCCAAUAUUUGAUGUUGUGAAAGAAACUACAGGAUUGAAAGAUGGAAGUGGUUGUUCCUUUCUGGCACUAUUUGAAGAAGAGAGUCAACCAAUCCAUAAUAAUCCUUCCACAAAGCAUUUUAAUCCUUUUCCUAACCAAAGCAAUAAUGACAUUUUUUUCACUGUUCCUGAUGUUCGAAAUCAAAUUACCAACACAAAUUAUUCUUGUGACACUAGAAGAGUUUAUCCUGCAAUCAAUGCAAAAGAAGAUUCUGUAGACAGACACCUUGAAGGCAUUUUCACAGCUCCAGAACAGGUUUUCCUUAAAAGUAAUAAUGUGUCAAAUACAAGCUACAAGGAAACAAGUGCACUUCAUAAAACACACCGACAGAACUGUCAUGAGGGACAGCAUUACUUCAUGCCCUGUGAACAGAAAGAAAAAAGAGCAAACCUUGAAAAAAUUGAGACAUUUGCUUAUUACCAUGAUCAGCAGAAUAUCUUAAAGGAUAAUGUGCAGAAUUAUUCAAGAAAAAAAAGUGACGACAAGUCUGUGAAAGAAACAGCCUGGAAUCAGAACCAUGUCUUUGUGUUUGAAGAGUUUACAACAGCACAAGAGAAAGGGUAUAAGUUUGGACUGAGUUCAUAUCUUCAUGAGAUGGAAAUGUAUGUGGACUCACCUCUCAGCAGCCAGUCUUACAGUUACUCUCCUAGGCAGUCUGAGAGCUAUUUGAGCUCUAGUCCUGACACAUCUGAAGAUGAAGACACAGCCAAAAAGAAGGAAUAUCUGAAUGAACAGUCCUUGAAGGCACAUGGUGCCAACCUAUUCUCAGCCUCAGUGAGCAGAGAGGCCCCCAAGAGCUCUCACACCCGAAGUGUGGGUAUGAAGCCCAGCAGUACUUUGGCUAGAAAAGAAGCAAACAAUCUUCAGGAGAAAGACUCUAAUUUUUGUGCCACAGAUGAGGAAAAUAAAACCCACACAGCUCUGUCUCAGGGCCCAUCACACCAUGCCUUUAAGAGGGAGCAUGUCGGUAGCAGCACCAGGUGCGAUGUUUGGUCGCAGACCGAGGGCCCUGUGGCCGUAGAGAAGGUGGAUGUGGGCACCCAGUGCGGCACCCUGAGGGUGUGCAGCUGUGGGGGAUCGCUCCCCGCUGCCCGCAGCCCAGGCGGGGUCCCCCCUCCCGGCACUGCCGGCACGGCAGGAGAGCAGGAAUGGCCAGCGCGGGAGGGACAGCUGCCCGCGGGCAGCGGCAGCGCGGCCGGGACAGACGCCUUCUUUGCCGAGGCCGAGUACCUGAGUUUGGCUGGCAGGACUCUAGAGGUGCUGAACUACAUUGAUAAAAUGAAGGAGAGAGAGAAGCAGUGA